AUGCUUUGGGUGAAUCUAGGCGUCCCGCUUGUGGCUUCUGUGGAUGAUGAGCAGGGAGAGGCAUUGUCCGAAAUCAAAUUGCACGCCAAAAAGAUAUGUCAACGAUUGAACCGUAAUUCGGAAACGCGAGCUACCAUAGAGUCUGGGCAACACAACCUCCAUUAUAUUAUCCAAGACGAAGUUUGCUUUCUCUGCAUCACAGACAAAUCAUACCCGCGGAAACUAGCCUUUACUUAUCUCGAUGACCUGGCUACCGAAUUCACAACCACCUACCCAGCUUCACAAUACCUCUCCUCUAAGCUACCACCCUAUGCCUUUCUUAAUUUUGACAAUUUUAUUCAGCGAACAAUGAAGACAUAUCAGGAUAGUCGCACAUCCCAGAACUUGGACAAGCUCAACGAUGAGCUCAAAGAUGUAACAAAGGUCAUGACCAAGAAUAUCGAGGACCUCUUAUACCGGGGUGACAGUCUGGAGCGGAUGGGAGAGAUGUCCGGCAGGCUAAGAGAAGACAGUCGGAAGUACCGCAAGGCGGCAGUGCGGAUAAAUUGGGAGUUGCUUAUGAAACAGUACGGGCCAUUUGCCGCUGUCGGUUUCAUUAUGUUUAUAUUGAUCUGCUGGCGGUUUUCCUAA